AUAAAAUGUCUCACUCGCCUCUUUGAUCAAUCAAAACCUCUCUCGAACAUAACUCAGCCUCCCUUUUACUCUUUCUAUUUGAAUCAGUGAGCUCGGAGAAGACAAUGGCUACAUCAUCAUCGCCGCCGCAGUCGGACAGUGAAGUGGUGGCGGAACGGAGGGGAAUACCCGCGGCUUCUUUUGUUAAAGACGUGCAAGCUUAUUUGAAUCAAUUAGGUCUUGAUGUUAACUCCACCCUCGCCUUCCUCCAAGAAAGGCUUCAGCAAUAUAAAGUGGUUGAGAUGAAACUUCUUGCACAACAAAGAGAUCUUCAGGCAAAGAUUCCAGAUAUUGAAAAGUGCUUAGAUGUUGUUGCUACUUUACAAGCUAAAAAGGACAGUGAUGAGGCAUUUCUUACAGAUUUUGAAGUAUCUGAAGGCAUCUAUUCGCGGGCCCGGAUUGAUAAUACAGAUUCUGUGUGCUUAUGGCUGGGAGCAAAUGUAAUGCUGGAAUACUCAUGUGAAGAGGCUACAUCUCUAUUGCAAAAGAACUUGGAAAAUGCAAAAGCAAGUUUAGAAGUUUUAGUUGGUGAUCUACAGUUCUUAAGAGAUCAAGUUACCAUUACACAGGUUACGAUUGCUCGGGUGUACAAUUGGGAUGUUCAUCAACGAAGAGUUAAACAAGCUUCUUCUUCCUCUCAAGAUUCAUGAGAAAAAUUUAAAAAAAUCAGGUGAAAUUUCUGUUUUGGUUCUUUUUUUUUUUUUUUUUAUGAAUUUUGAUCUCAUUUCAACUUGUU